AUGGCCCAAGCUGGAGCAAUUUCUGAUGUGACCCAACGACUGUUUGUGGAGCUCAAGUCGAAGAAUGAGGAGGCCAGGGCCAGAGCUGCCUACGAGCUUUAUGACAACGUUCUGUCCGUCUCUAGAGACUGGCCCAACGAGAAGUUCGUCGAGUUUUACAACGCCGUUAGCCAACGCAUCGCCCAACUGGUCGUGAACGGAAGCGAUGCCAACGAGAGAAUCGGCGGAUUACUAGCACUCGACCGACUUAUCGAUUUUGACGGCGUCGAUGCCGCUCAAAAAACCACGAGAUUUGCCAGUUACCUCCGGUCCGCCCUACGCAGUAAUGAUAAUGUGGUUCUGGUCUAUGCGGCCCGAUCGCUGGGCCGCCUCGCGAAGCCCGGCGGAGCCCUCACCGCAGAGCUGGUGGAAAGUGAAAUCCAAUCUGCUCUGGAAUGGUUACAAUCUGAGCGCCAGGAGAGUCGGCGAUUUGCGGCCGUGCUUGUGAUCAAAGAACUUGCCAAGGGUUCCCCAACACUGCUUUAUGGUUUCGUCCCGCAGGUGUUUGAACUUGUCUGGGUCGCAAUCAGGGAUCCGAAGGUACUUAUCCGAGAGACUGCUGCAGAGGCUGUGGGCGAGUGCUUUGAGAUCAUUGUUGCGCGCGACUCGCAAGUCCGACAGUCAUGGUUCGCCCGCAUCCACGACGAAGCCCUCCUAGGCUUGAAGUCCCACAACAUCGACUCAAUCCAUGGCUCCCUUCUCAUUCUCAAGGAGUUGAUCCUGAAGGGCACAAUGUUCAUGAAGGAACAUUACCGAAAUGCAUGCGAAAUCAUUCUCCGUCUUAAGGACCACCGUGACCCAAAGAUUCGCACCGAAGUUGUCCUCACAAUUCCUAUUCUUGCUUCUUACUCACCCACCGACUUCAUUGAGAUUUAUCUCCAUCGUUUCAUGAUCUACCUUCAAGCCCAAUUGAAGCGAGACAAGGAGAGAAACUCCGCCUUUAUCGCUAUCGGCAAGAUCGCCAAUGCAGUUGGUCCUGCAAUCGGUCAGUAUCUCGAUGGCAUCAUCAUCUACAUUCGAGAGGGUCUCGCCAUGAAAGCAAGGAAUCGAGCGGGCGUCAACGAGGCGCCCAUGUUUGAGUGCAUCAGUAUGCUCUCAUUGGCUGUCGGACAGGCACUUGCAAAGUACAUGGAGGCUCUACUCGAUCAAAUCUUUACAUGUGGGCUCAGCAAGUCAUUGACCCAAGCCCUGGUUGAUAUGGCCCAUUAUAUCCCGCCUAUUAAACCCAUGAUCCAGGAAAAGCUUCUUGACAUGCUGAGCAUCAUUCUCUGUGGCACGCCAUUCCGCCCCCUAGGCUGCCCAGAGAACCGACUGCCCCCUAUGCCAUCCUUUGCAAAAGACUUUGCACUCCAUGAGCUUCACUCUGAUUCCGACAUUGCCUUGGCACUUCACACCCUUGGCAGCUUUGACUUUUCCGGCCACAUCUUGAACGAGUUUGUACGAGAUGUUGCCAUCAACUACGUGGAAAAUGACAACCCAGAAAUUCGCAAAGCUUCGGCUCUUACGUGCUGCCAGUUGUUUGUCCACGAUCCGAUCAUCAAUCAGACUAGCGGUCAUUCUAUUCAGGUUGUGAGCGAGGUUAUUGACAAGCUAUUGACUGUUGGAGUUGGAGAUCCUGACCCAGAAAUCCGACGUACAGUUUUGUGGUCGCUUGAUCGCAAAUUUGACCGCCACUUGGCACGGCCAGAGAACAUCCGAUGUUUGUUUUUGGCCGUCAACGAUGAGAUCUUCGACGUCAAGGAAGCGGCCAUCUGCAUCAUCGGUCGACUUUCCAGCGUCAACCCUGCCUAUGUCUUCCCACCACUCCGUAAACUGCUGGUGAACCUUUUGACUGGACUUGGAUUCGCGAAUACAGCUCGCCAAAAAGAGGAAACAGCUCAACUCAUCAGCUUGUUUGUCUCCAACGCAACGAAAUUGAUCAGGUCCUAUGUAGACCCCAUGGUGACCGCACUGCUGCCUAAAUCAACAGACAUCAAUCCUGGCGUUGCGGCUACUACGCUGAAAGCGGUUGGCGAGCUUGCCAAUGUCGGUGGUCACGAAAUGAGACGAUAUCUGCCACAGAUCAUGCCCAUCAUUCUAGACUCGCUUCAGGACCUCUCAUCACACACCAAGCGCGAAGCCGCGCUCCGGACAUUGGGGCAACUGGCUAGUAAUUCGGGCUAUGUCAUCGAGCCUUACCUCGAAUACCCUCACCUUCUUGCCGUGCUCAUCAACAUCAUCAAGACAGAGAUGACGGGAUCCCUUAGAAAAGAGACAAUCAAACUUCUCGGUGUUCUUGGUGCUCUCGACCCCUACAAGUACCAGCAGAUCAGCGAGAUUGAACCCGAUGUUCACCACAUCAACGAAAUCCAGAAGGUUUCCGAUGUCGCCCUCAUCAUGCAAGGUUUAACCCCGUCCAAUGAGGAGUACUACCCUACAGUGGUCAUUCACACCUUGAUGCAGAACAUUCUGCGCGAGAACUCGCUGGCGCAAUAUCACUCAGCAGUCAUUGAUGCAAUAGUCACGAUAUUCAAGACCAUGGGUCUGAAGUGCGUUCCAUUCCUUGGGCAAAUCAUUCCGGGUUUCAUCAUGGUUAUCAGGAGUUCGCCUACCAGUCGCCUUGAAUCUUAUUUCAACCAGAUGGCUAUCUUGGUGAACAUUGUGCGCCAGCACAUCCGAGCCUACCUGCCAGAAAUCAUUGAAGUGAUCAGAGACUUCUGGGAUACAUCAUAUCAAAUUCAGGGCACUAUCUUGUCAUUGGUUGAGGCCAUUGCUAGAUCUCUGGAGGGAGAAUUCCGGAAGUAUCUUGCUGGUCUGAUCCCUCUCAUGCUCGGUACAUUAGACCAAGACACCAGUCCUCGUCGCCAGCCCUCUGAGAAGAUCCUCCACGCCCUCCUCAUAUUCGGCACAAGCGGAGAAGAAUAUAUGCACCUAAUCAUUCCUUCCAUUGUGCGUCUCUUUGAUCGACCUCAAAACCCGCAGACCAUCCGCAAAUCUGCCAUCGAUAGCUUGACCAAGUUAUCGCGGCAAGUCAAUGUGUCCGACUUUGCCUCUCUCAUGGUCCACUCCCUUUCCCGUGUUGUUGCUAGCGGUGAUCGUGUCUUGCGCCAAGCCGCGUUGGAUUGCAUCUGCGCUCUUAUCUUCCAGCUAGGCCAGGACUUUACCCACUACAUUAAUCUCCUCAACAAGGUCAUGAAGACGCAUCAGCUCACACACGUGAACUAUCAAAUUCUUGUGACCAAGCUUCAAAAGGGCGAUCCACUUCCUCAAGACCUCAACCCCGAAGAGGCUUACACUUUCCCGGCCGAUGAUACCAACUUUGCCGAGAUUGGACAGAAGAAGAUAGUUGUGAACCAGCAGCACUUGAAGAAUGCGUGGGAUGCUUCGCAAAAGUCCACACGGGAAGAUUGGCAAGAAUGGAUUCGUCGCUUCAGUAUCGAGCUUUUGAAGGAGUCACCUUCGCCAGCGUUGCGUGCCUGUGCUAGUUUGGCUGGAAUCUACCAGCCUCUCGCAAGAGAUCUGUUCAAUGCCGCAUUUGUGUCAUGUUGGACGGAGCUUUAUGACCAAUACCAGGAAGAGCUUGUUCGCUCGAUUGAGAAGGCGCUCACUUCUCCUAAUAUCUCACCGGAGAUCUUGCAAAUUCUUCUCAAUUUGGCUGAAUUCAUGGAGCAUGACGACAAGGCUCUACCCAUUGAUAUCCGUACUCUCGGAAAAUACGCCGCCAAAUGUCAUGCGUUCGCUAAAGCUCUCCAUUACAAGGAACUGGAGUUUGAGCAAGAUCAGAACUCUGGUGCUGUUGAAGCUCUGAUCACCAUCAACAACCAGCUUCAACAAUCCGACGCUGCUAUUGGCAUUCUUCGCAAAGCACAAGCUUACCGCGAUGUCGAGCUCAAGGAAACGUGGUUCGAGAAGCUCCAGCGGUGGGAUGAAGCUCUUGCUGCUUACAAACGACGCGAGAAAACGGAUCCUGAUUCCUUUGGUAUCACAAUGGGAAAAAUGCGUUGUCUUCACGCCCUGGGCGAAUGGAAGGUUCUCUCAGACCUUGCCCAAGAGAAGUGGAAUCAAGCUUCAUUGGAGCAUCGUCGAGCAAUCGCGCCUCUUGCGGCCGCUGCUGCCUGGGGCAGAGGCCAGUGGGAAUUGAUGGACUCUUACCUUGGUGUCAUGAAGGAGCAAUCUCCCGACCGCUCGUUCUUCGGUGCCAUCUUGGCAAUCCACCGCAACCAAUUCGAGGAAGCCAACAUGUACAUCGAAAAGGCACGCAACGGACUCGAUACAGAGCUUUCCGCGCUUCUCGGAGAAUCGUACAAUCGUGCCUACAACGUUGUUGUGCGCGUCCAGAUGCUGGCUGAGCUGGAAGAAAUUAUCACAUACAAGCAAAACAUUGGUGAUCCCGAAAAGCAAGAUGCCAUGCGCAAAACCUGGAACCAAAGAUUGCUUGGGUGUCAACAGAACGUGGAAGUAUGGCAGCGUAUGCUCAAGGUCAGAGCUUUGGUCACUGCCCCCCGCGAGAACCUCGACAUGUCGAUCAAAUUCGCCAAUCUCUGCCGCAAAUCCAACCGCAUGGGUCUAGCAGAGCGAUCUCUUGCCUCUUUGGAAACAGUAGUGGCCGAUGCCAAUGGCUUGCGGACUGUCGCACCACCUGAAGUCACAUACGCCAGACUGAAGUUCAACUGGGCCAAUGGUCACCAGUAUGAAUCACUCGAAAUGCUGAAAGAGUUCACUUCAGGCUUGACUGAUGAUUUCUCUCGGUACAACACCCUCAUUAUAACAACUGCCGAGCAUCACGGAGCGAACGGACUGAAUGGAAUCAACAUCCCCCCCAGUGAGAACCAUCCAGAUGCUGUCAGCUUGCGUGAGCGCAUUGGAGAUGCUAGCAAAUUCCGAAAGCUACUUUCGAAGAGUUACCUCCGACAAGGAGAAUGGCAGACAACACUGCAGAAGGGUGAUUGGAGACCAGAACAUGUUCGUGAGGUUCUGAACGCCUACUCUGCGGCAACACAGUACAACCGUGAUUCGUAUAAGGCUUGGCACUCCUGGGCACUUGCAAACUUUGAAGUUGUGACCACGAUCGCCAAUCAGGCUAGUAACCGUGAGGGUUCACCAUCACCAGUCCCGGCCCACAUUGUAACAGAACAUGUGAUUCCUGCUAUGCGCGGCUUCAUUCGUUCUAUUGCUCUGUCUUUGACAUCUUCACUGCAAGAUACUUUGAGAUUGCUUACUCUAUGGUUCACACAUGGCGGAGAUCAUGAAGUUAACAACGUUGUCACGGAAGGAUUCGCUGCUGUGAACAUCGAUACUUGGCUUUCUGUCACUCCUCAAUUGAUCGCUCGCAUCAAUCAACCCAACAUCAGGGUCCGAGGCGCAGUCCACAGGCUUCUGGCUGAGGUCGGAAAAGCCCAUCCUCAAGCUCUAGUAUACCCACUCACGGUGGCGAUGAAAUCGAAUGUGACACGUCGCUCCCAGUCUGCUAGCAACAUCAUGGAAAGCAUGCGGCAACACAGCGCAAAGCUUGUCGAGCAGGCGGAUCUUGUCAGUCAUGAGCUGAUUCGAGUCGCUGUUUUGUGGCAUGAACUCUGGCAUGAAGGUCUAGAAGAAGCCUCACGUCUCUACUUCGGAGACCACAAUGUUGAGGGCAUGUUCUCAACGCUUGCUCCCUUCCACGACAUGCUGGACAAGGGCGCCGAAACGCUUCGAGAAGUGUCGUUUGCGCAAGCCUUUGGUCGAGAUUUGGCCGAGGCUAAGCAUUAUUGCAUGAUGUACCGGGAAUCUGAAGAAAUUGGCGAUCUGAACCAGGCUUGGGACUUGUACUACACAGUGUUUAGGAAGAUCAGCCGUCAGCUUCCACAGCUAUCGACGCUCGACCUCAAAUAUGUGUCCCCUCGACUGAAGGACUGCUUGGAUCUCGACCUUGCAGUACCGGGAACAUACCAGAGCGGAAAGCCAGUCAUCCGCAUCAUGAGCUUCGACCCAAUCUUGCAUGUCCUGCAGACCAAGAAACGUCCCCGUCGCAUGACACUCAAGGGCAGCAACGGCAGCUCCUACAUGUAUCUCGUCAAGGGUCACGAAGAUAUCCGACAAGAUGAGCGUGUGAUGCAGCUGUUCGGCUUGUGUAAUACCUUGCUGGAUAAUGACAGCGAAAGUUUCAAGCGACACUUGUCUGUCCAACGCUUCCCUGCCAUUCCCUUGUCUCAGAGCUCAGGUCUUCUGGGAUGGGUGUCCAACAGUGACACUUUACACGCCUUGAUCAAGGAAUACCGCGAGAGUCGUCGGAUUCUACUCAACAUCGAACACCGAAUCAUGUUGCAAAUGGCGCCUGACUAUGACAGCCUUGCUCUUAUGCAGAAGGUGGAAGUCUUCGGCUAUGCUAUGGACAACACAACCGGCAAGGAUCUGUAUCGUGUUCUUUGGCUGAAGAGUAAGAGCUCUGAAGCUUGGUUAGAACGACGCACCAACUACACCCGCUCUCUCGGUGUCAUGUCCAUGGUAGGAUACAUCCUGGGUCUUGGAGACAGACAUCCGUCCAAUUUGUUGCUGGAUCGUGGCAAUGGGCGAGUUGUCCAUAUCGAUUUCGGUGACUGUUUCGAGAUCGCAAUGCACAGAGAGAAGUACCCAGAGCGAGUUCCGUUCCGUCUCACUCGUAUGUUGACCUUCGCCAUGGAGGUCAGCAACAUCGAGGGAAGCUACCGCAUCACUUGCGAGGCUGUCAUGCGUGUUCUACGCGAAAACAAGGACUCUCUGAUGGCUGUUCUAGAAGCCUUCAUUCACGACCCCUUAAUCAACUGGCGUUUGGGUGCACAGGAGUCUCCCGACAAGGUCUCUCUUACCGCCGAACGCCGCCAGUCUAUCAUUGAAGGCGUCAACUUCGAGCACGGCGCACAACCGGCCGACUUCUCUCGUCGCCGCCGUCCCUCCAUCCUCGAAGGUGGUAUUCUCGAUGCCCCAGAAGGCGUUCCACAGGAAGCCCGAGAGGCACAGAACGCUCGUGCGCUCCAGGUUCUAGCACGUGUCAAGGAGAAGCUUACUGGACGUGACUUCAGACACAACGAAGAGUUGAGUGUCAGUGACCAAGUGGACAAGCUUCUUGCACAAGCCACCAACGUCGAGAAUAUCUGUCAGCACUGGAUCGGAUGGUGCAGUUUCUGGUAG